GAUGUUCUGGUGGCUGGUACUAGUAAUAGCUACAGCGGAAUGUAGCCUGGUGAAAAUAGAACAAGGUUUGGUCCAGGGAAUCCCGGCUGAGGAUGGCGACUACACUAUGUUUAUGGGUAUACCUUACGCCAAGGUAGAUAUGGAGAAUCCAUUUGGGGCUGCAAUACCCAAUCCAAUACUCGAUGGAAUAUUCCUGGCAAACGACAAUACCGCUAUGUGCCCACAAGAGGAAGUUUUCAACAACACUAUAGCCGGCUCAUUAGACUGUCUUCAUAUCAAUAUAUACGUGCCAAACACAACUGCCAAACUUCCAGUAUUGGUGUUUAUAUACGGUGGUUCCAUGGUGCGAGGAUUUGCUAGCAGAUUUGUGUAUGGACCAAAAUUCAUAGUUCAGCACGAUGUAAUUCUAGUAACAUUUAAUUACAGACUUGGCCCAUAUGGAUUUAUGUGCUUAGGGACAGACAAAGUGCCAGGAAACCAAGGCCUGAAAGACCAAGUUUUAGCAUUAAGAUGGAUAAGAGAUAAUAUUGCAGCAUUUGGUGGUGAUCCAGAUAAAAUAACAGCUUUCGGGCAAAGCGCUGGAGCAAGAUCGGUUGAGCUGCAUAUGUUAUCUAGAAACGAAAAGCUUUUUCAUCAGGCUAUUUUGCAGAGUGGUGCGACUACCCGAUAUGAUCUUAUAUCUGCACCUGAUCAAAAACUUCCAUUUAAACUUGCCGAAUAUUUUGGGCAUAAGUUUAAAAAUGUAGAUGAAGCAGUUUCUUUUCUAUCCAAAAAAGAACCAAAGGAAAUAAUAGAAGCUAAUGCCGCACUUUCUGAACCUUCGCUAGUCUGUUUCGAAGAUAGUAGCAGGAUGCAGAGUUUCAUUACUUCCCCAUUGAAUCAUGGAAAUGAUAAAAUUAAAACAACGCCAAUAAUAUCCGGCUACAACAAUAAUGAAGUGUUAGAGUCACAUAUUCACAAAACCACUGAAGAUUUUCAAAACAAUAAUGUAUUCUAUGAAAAGUUGAAAGUAUAUAAUUUUCCCAAUUUAGAUAAGUUGGUGAAGAUAAUGCGUCGUUAUUACAUCGGUGAUGAGAAGAUGACUCGUAAAGUGAGAUGGGAGAUUAUUGAUUUUGAUUCGGACUUAUCAUAUGCUUACCCUGUUCAGAGAAGUAUUGAUAAAUUCUUAGAAUACAGUGAAAGCGUACUCUUCCAUUAUAUUUUUUCGUACAAUGGGAACAGGAAUUUCGUGAAGUAUAGAGCAAAUAUUACCGAAGGCGGUGCAGCUCAUGGUGACGAUUUGGGAUACCUCUUUGAUAUGGUGUUCUUCGAUAGCAAUCCUAUUGGAGAUGAUAAAUUGGUUUUAGAAAGAAUGACGACAAUGUGGACUAACUUCGCUAAAUACGGUGACCCAACUCCAACGACAUCAGAACUGUUACCAGUACGUUGGAGGGCCGCGCAACGAGACGCUCUGCAUUGUCUUCAGAUAGAUUCAACAUUAUCAAGCUGCAAACGCCCAAACCACAGACCUCAUGCACUAUGGGACUUGUUAUAUAAGCUUCUGCAAUAAAUCUAUUACUUUAAUUAUAAGCUCUUGUUUCUGUAAAUAAAAUAAAAUUAAUAAGUUUGUUUUACCGUAA